AGAAAAAUGUCCAGCGGAGAUAUUUUACAGGAGGCAUUCAAUGCAACAGUCUCUAGAGACUAUGAAAAAGCCGUUGCAGUAAUCCGAGAAGUUCUGUCAAGUUCAACAGAUCACUCAUUUUCUGUUGAACAACUCGAAUUGAUUGAUCAUGUUUAUUCGUGUAUACUUAAUACUAGUCAUUAUGAUGAAUCCCUUAUUGAGGUGUGUUGGGAAUGGAUCGACGCGAUCGAGCGCAGCCCCCGCACCGUCGAUAUCCGUGCAAUUUCGAGUUCCCAGCUAAGCAUUUAUUAUGCUUAUCACACAAUUUGUCGGGUGCAAGAACGUAUGCCACGUAAGCCAACUCAUCAACAAGUGCGCAAGGACACGUGGACACGGAUUACUCAUAGCUUCAGCUACCUCUGGGCAGCAGCCACUCAACUGUGGAAGCCCUAUGAGCUUGACCGUCUCGAUGUCCUCUGCAGUUGGUCCUACUUGUGCAUUCAAUUCGCCGAUGUUGCCAGUGAAGAAGUUCUCGCUGUAAUUGAGAGCUCCAAGGACUUAUCCAAAGAAGUUCUAUCAAAUGUGAUUGUUAUUGAAAACGGCCACCAAGCUAACCAACGUCUCCUGACAGUCGAACGGAACCUUCGAGAUGCCAGAGCACUGGCUGAGAAGCUCGGAAAACGAAUCGUAAAGCCAACUGCGGCAGAAGACACCCAAACUGCAACUGCUUCCCCGGCAGACGAGUACCUAUCCCCACCUAUUGCAAAGAAAUGGUGUGAUGGAAUCUGAAUAAUUAUUGUGCAUGCAUGUUAAUUGUAUUAUACCCGGUAUAUAAUCAAAUUUUUUCCAGUGAAGUAAUUUUUUAUAAAGAGCAAGGAAACUAGAAAGCUGACUGUGAGAAAAAUCUCAAAAACCGCCAAAAUAUUGCAGAACACCGCAUAUCACAAAUGUCGUGUUAAUAAACCCUUGGUAGAUC